UGUUGUUCCCGAAUAUCAGAAUUUUUUCGCAAGUCUUAAAUCAAAAAUAUGAUUUAUAAAAAUAAUAAUAAAAUGCUACUUUUAAUAUAUUGUUGUGUUUGGUUUCCCGUACUUGUUUUAAACGCUCGGAGUGAAAUCACAAUUCAUUCUAACAACAGCAUGGCUAAUAAAGAUUAUGACGUUACUACGAUUUAUAGAAUAACAAAUGAGUUUACAGAAUUUUAUGAGAAUGUAGUCGGAUUUGCGGACUCGAAUUUUUUUGAGAGAUAUUCAAAAAAUAGCUACUCAAUUGAAAUACAUUCAAGAACAAAUGCCAUUGGGCUACCAAUUUUUGAAGAUGUUGCAGAAGAGUUCCCACAAAGGACCAAUCGACUACAGUCAAUUUUACAAAUUAAUAAGUUAGUGUUCUUAAAAUAUGGAUUAUUUGAAAAUAAUAGUCAUUUUAAGGUUGAUUAUUUUCCUAAAAAUUGGGAAUUCAAAUCUACUUCAUUAAUUGGGAAAAGCUGCAAUUCUGGAGACAGACAUAGUGAUCAAUGUAUAAAUAUUUUCGAAUACAGAUAUGAAAAGGAAAUGAUACGUAAUAGUAAUGAUUUUACUACAAUAUAUUCGGUAAUUUGGACAGCAGAUAAACCCCGUUCGGGUCUAUCAAUCACAUACAUACACACAUCGUCGUCCAAAAUGGACAUCUUCUUAAAUUUAUCAUAUGCAAAUAAUACGUUAAUAACUUUUUCCAAAUUAUUGAAAUUUGACGAUGUAAGAACAAUAACAUUAUAUAAUAUCGGUUUCACGAAAAAUCAAGAAUAUAUAUUAUCGUUAAAAAUGAAUAUGAAUAAUGAUUAUUACCACAGAGGACGGUAUAAUUUUAUGUAUUAUGGAUUUUGGUUUGGACUUGUACGGAUUGCUGAAUCUUCAAAUUAUGAUGAAGAAGAUGUUCGAAUUGUUUAUAAUUUUGAAGGAAAACCAAAGUCAUUCGACGUACUUGGAAACAACAAAAAGUAUGAUAUAGAAGAGGGUAUAGUUCAGAAAUCGGAAUGUUUAAACGGUGGACACAAAUUACCUACAAUGAAUAAUUGUACUUGCCCUCCUGGAUUUAUUGGAAAACUAUGUGAAACAGCAUGUGGACCAAAUUCAUAUGGAUUCGAUUGUAAAGGCGUUUGUUCUAUGCAUGAUCAUGAAAUGUGUCGUGGUAUGUACAUGUGUACGAGUUACGGAUGUACUUGUCCACCAGGUUUGACCGGUCCGUUGUGUAAUAAAAACUGUGAAUCAGGUAAAUUUGGUGCUGAUUGCAAUCAACUUUGUUCGCCAAAUUGUUACGACAACGCGUGUGAUCCAUACACGGGCGUCUGUUCAGAAGGGUGUUUAGAAGAAUAUUAUGUCGAACCGUAUUGUUUACAAAAAUAUCCAUACCUCUUGAAUCCGCCUAAACUGCUAUCGAGCAAGUACGAGUCAUUAGAAAUAAUAUGUGAUUUUCAAUCAUCUAAUGUAAUGGGUGAAGAUAAAAAUAUGAAAUUGAAAUAUUUUCAAAUAGUUUACAAGAUGUUAGGAGAACAGGAAUUUACUAACUCUGUGAUCAAACCCAUUUUUGAACACAGUAAUACGUCAAACGAAAUCUUAAGUGAUUUAAAAGUGGACACUGUAUAUUUAGUCGGUGUUCUGUUAAUAACAGAUGAUGGUAAUUUUAACGAUCAAGAUAUAGUAUACGGUCAAUUCCAGACGUCGUGCGUGCCACCAAAGAUCGAUGAUUUUAACGUAACACUUUUAAGUGGAGUAAAAAGCAUAAACGCAACAUGGAACAAAAUUAAUACUACUAAUAACCGAUUCGAAUGCAAUAUUCAUGAAUAUUUAUUGAUGCUGUCGUGCAAUCAGUCACAAAACCAAAUACAUGGUGUACAGAAAAUAGUAUCAGAUUCGAUCGGCGGUCACAAUAUCAGCGACCUUAUACCAGAUUGUCAAUACGACGUACAAUUAGUUCUAAAUACAACUCAAGGACUAUUUCCAUCGCCCGUGUAUUCGGUCACCCCACUUACAGGAAAUGAAUUCAAAGUUAAAGAUAUUACCACAGUCGUCGAGAAUGGAAAGAUAAAAGUAUCCUGGAAAUUAGGAUACAUAUAUGAGCGGUAUAAUACUAUGGUACAACCGGUAGUAAAUGUACCGGUCACGUGCUAUUUAAGAUACAAAAUCAAACGAAUUCUCAGUUGUGCUUUGCGAGAUUUAAGAAGUGAUUGGGAGACGGUUUUGAUUUUCAAUCAAACCAACUACGAAAUAUUAAACGUGAUACCUAAUUCGCAAUACUACGUACAAGUUUCUAGCAGUCCCGAUCAACGAACACAAAUUAAGCACAUAUUAACACCGGCAACAAAACCAAAUGACGUAGCCCCGGAUCUUGAUCUCGACAACCCGAUGUACGUAACAAAUAGUUCCGUAUUCGUCCAAUGGAAAUUUAAUUCUAUUAAGUGUUCUAGACUGAAUGGACUAUUUUCAACAUACCUCGUGGAAUUAAAGGAGAAGAGUAAUAAUUAUUUACAAGUAAAAGAAACGAAAAAAAAUAAUAUUUUGAUUGAAAACCUCAAAUCAAAUACGCAGUAUGAAUUGAAAGUAUUUAUAAAAACACAUGUUGGAUAUACUCCUGAACAUUUUUUAUUUAUCAAUUUCACGACUGAAAUCGGAGUCUUAGGACCAGUGGAAGAUUUAGUGGUGUACAAAACCGAUCUAAAGAAUAAAGUGAUUGGACUUCGUUGGCGUUAUCCAGAAAAUUCAAGUGUAGAUGGAUUUAUAGUUUCAUUUAAAGGAUCGUUCAAUAGCUCUUUUAUCAUACACGACAAAAAUGUUACUAUUGUUCCACCAAUUAAGUGUUCGGCUUGGCCAGAAUAUUUCUGUUAUACAUUUUACGACGUUAUUGCCAGUAACGAUAAUACGUUUAACAUUCAGGCCAAGUCACCAGACUGUCCACAAGGUGGUUUAUCUUCGUCAAUAACUUUCGCGGAUGUUGAUGGAUCACCCGAUCCUCCAAGAAAUGUGAAAAUUAUCGAUAUUGGAAUAACAUAUAUUCGUCUUCAAUGGGAUAUUCCAUGGAUAUUCAACGGUACAUUAAAAAUGUUUACAAUUAAUACGGAAGAAACAGCAAACGGUUAUAUAGGCAAGUGUUGUGUUUACAUAGCGCCGACAGAGGUCUUAUUUGACGAAGAAGUGCCUUCUUAUAACUAUACGCUGACAGGGCUACAACCGGGUUCGACAUAUUCAAUCGGUAUAUUAUCUGCAACGACAUCGCUGGAGUACAGUUCUACGGCAAAAGUUGACGAAGUCACGACACUCAGACUAGUAGACGAAUAAAUGCAUAAUAAUAAUAUUACAUAAUAUUUAUUGUUAAUCUAAUCAUUAUUUUAACACCAUUUUAACAAUUUACGAGACACGUAUAGUUUAUAUGCGUAACGUAUUAAAUAAAGCACUAAACACUAUGCUAUGUAAUAAUAAUAUGCACUAACUAUUUAAAGUAUUUUUGUGA